AUGCCGUCUAAUAUUCUCGGUUCUCAAUCAUUAUCCAUUUCGGUGGGUGGUAACGGCUUUGCAUUCCCCCAUCGCGACGAUGAAUUGGCCCAGCACGAGACUUUCUUUCACGAGCAUAACAAAAGCGAGCAUACCUGGGUCAUCUACUUCAUACAUCUAGGUGAUCUGCCCAUCUCUGGAUCAAAGAUGGCCAGAUCGUAUCGCCUUCCUACCGAGCUUGAUCAGGCCAAGAAAGAGUUCCAUGAUGCUCUGCUCAACUCGCUUGGUACCCCAAACACCAUGCUCGUCGUCCUCCAACUGGUCAAUGCAACCAACGUUCAUCCACAAGAAAGCAAGGACGCCAGCAUCCCAGAAGUGGAGGCCAUUGCCAGAUAA